AUGGAGGCGUGGCGGCAGUGUGCCCACUGGCUGGUGGCCGCGCGCGUUCUGCCCGCGGGGCACCGUGCCAGCGGCGCCGGGGGGCAGGUGUGGGACCUGGCGCAGGCGCUGCGCGACGGCGUGCUGCUGUGCCACCUGCUGAACGCGCUGCUGCCCCGCGCCGUGCCACCGCGCGACAUCUGUCCCCGGCCACAGAUGUCACAGUUCCUGUGCCUGAGGAACAUCCGCACCUUCCUGACCGCCUGUGCCGACAAGUUCGGGCUGCCCAAGCACCGGCUCUUCGGCGCCUUCGACCUCUUCGACGUCCAGGACUUCGGCAAGGUGAUCGAGACGCUCUCCACGCUCUCCUGGACGCCGAUCGCGCAGAGCAGAGGCCUCACGCCGUUCCCGUCCGAGGACAGCGUUGGGGAUGACGACGUUUACAGCGGCCUGUCCGACCUGAUCGAUGACACGGCCGAGGAGGACGAUGACCUCUACGACUGCGUGGAGGCCGAAGGCGACGACGGCGACGACGUCUACGAGGACCUGAUGAGGGUGGAGCCGCCCCCGGCCGCGAAAGGCGCCGUGGACCGGCGGCUCUGCUGCCUCCAGGAGCUGCGGCAGACGGAGGAGAGAUACACGGAGACGCUGGAGUCCAUCUGCCAGCACUUCCUGCGGCCGCUGCGGCACUUCCUGAGCCCCCAGGACAUGGAGAGCGUCUUCAUCAACGUGGAGGAGCUGCUGGGGCUCCAUCGCCGUUUCCUGGGGGAGCUCCGGGGGGCGCUGGGGGGGGCCCGGGGGGGGGGGCGGGCGCUGCCCCCCCUGUUCCUGCAGUACAAGGAGAGGUUCUUGCUCUACGGCCGCUACUGCAGCCAGGUGGAAGCGGCCGCCCGGCGCCUGGACCAGCUCUCCACCUGCACCGACCUGCGCAUGAAGCUCCAGGAGUGCUCGCAGCGCGCCACCAACGGGCGAUUCUCCCUGCGCGACCUCCUGAUGGUGCCCAUGCAGAGGGUGCUGAAAUAUCACCUGCUGCUCCAGGAGCUGGUGAAGCUGACCCCGGACGCGGCCGAGCGGGAGCGGCUCAGGGGGGCCCUGGACGCCAUGAGG